AUGCAUAUCAAAGUCUUGCGCAGUUACACAUUCAAAUUACAACAGUCAACUGAUGUUCUCGUCAAGUGGGAAGAUGGGACAAAAAAUAUUGUAAAAGUGAAAGACAUCAGGUCUAACACCUCCCACCCUCUAAGCAAAGGCACCAGCAUACUCAUGUGGUGGGCAGCGGAGACAGGAACAGUUGUUGAUUACGGACCUGGAAGUCAAAACGUAAAAAGUGACAGUGAUGAUGAAGAUGAUGUUCCACUUUCCAAACUUGUCCACUCUGUCCCAGAGCCAGCAUCACCAACGCAAGUAGGCCUACAUAUAAAUCAGUGUGAGACAUUUUUUUGCAAUGAAGAGGUGUGGGCAGCAUGUACUUCUUGUCUUUGCUUGUUGUGCUUCAAGCAUUUUGAAGAGAGCUCACCCUGUCAUCUUCAUAACCAAUUUGCUCUUCCAAGCCAAGUGUCCAUCCCAAAUCCGACUGAAACUGAGUUGAAUCAGGAGGCUACCGUUGAAAAGUCAUUUGACGAACAUCUGGACUAUGUCAUCCAUAACCUGGAUGAUAUACCACUCAAUCGGCUUUUGAACACGGCAACAGAGUCAUCUGUGAGUGAAGAAGUGCCUGAAGUAUCAGAACAUGAGGAAGUUUGUACAAGUGACGAGCUGAUUGUCACCCCUGGGGAGCAUCCUGAACCUGUGCCUGAAUCAAGUGCUUGCUGGGUGAAUGAGAAAGAAACCUCCAUGACUGUUGAACUAAUAGCCACACCUGAGGAGCAUCCUGUACCCAUACCUGAAUCAAGUGCAUGUGAAGCUGAACCCCACAGUACAAACACUCAGACUGCACACCCACAACCAGAAGAUUAUGUUGUUGAAGGUAGUCAACCAGAAGAAGCGGUUCCAGACAAAACAGUGAAGAAACUGUCAAAACACAAGACUGCAAAAAAGGGCCGGAAUCUUGGUCUGCAGUACACAAGUAUGACGUCAGACAAAGACAUUCCAGCACGUCGGGGACUUAAACCAUCAUGUAAAGGUGAUUACUGCAAUCUAAUGGGUUUUCACUGCAAGUAUUUUACUGCAACUCGUCGUAACAAAAUUCAGGAUGCAUACUUUGACACAGGGGAAUUACACAAGCAAAGGACAUUUAUAGUGAGUCAUGUUAAGCAUUCUUACCCUCAGAAACCUAGUGGGAGUUGA